AUGUGUUCAUUUGCAAUCUCGGUUUGCUGCAAUUGUGUCCACAACGGAACUUCUACAAGGGUGGCUCUGGUACGGAUUGAAGGCUGCUGCUCCUGUAGUUGCACUUUCAUAGCUAGGUCGUUUUCUCCAGUCCCAGAACGGAGACCGGCGCAGCGAAGCAGUCCCGGAGCGGAGAAUGGCGCAGGGAAGCAGUCCCGGAGCGGAGACCGGCGCAGGGAAGCAGUCCCGGAGCGGAGACCGGCGAGGGAAGCAGUCCCGAAGUGGAGACCGGCGCAGGGAAGCAGUCCCGGAGAGGUGACCGGCGCAGGGAAGCAGUCCCGAAGUGGAGACCGGCGCAGGGAAGCAGUCCCGGAGCGGAGACUGGCGCAGAUAAGCAGUCCCGGAGCGGAGAACGGCGCAGGGAAGCAGUCCCAGAGCAGAGACCAGCACGGGGGAAGCAGAUCCGGAGUGGAGGCUGGCACUGUUAAGCGAGUACCAGAGCGGAGGCCAGCACAGGGGAAGCAAGUCCCGGCGUGGAGGCUGGCGCAGGGAGACAAGUUCUGGAGAAAACCUACCUUGGAGCAGCUGAGAGCCAGUGCAGGGCAGACUGGAGCCUUGGAGCGGAGCAGGGAUGGUUGUUGGACUGGCGAGUGGCAUGGGUGGUCAGACUGUGUGUGGACGCCCCUGUGCUGAGCUACUGCAAUGUAAUGUUUAUUUGUAAUUUGUUUAUCUGACUGUAAUGUCUAUCCAUUUAACUAUGUCAUAUUUCUAACUUAUACUAUGAA